AACAGAGUGAAAAGCUUGACUGUUCCUCCGGGAAGCGCAUUACCUACAUUAGUGUGGAGCUCGAAGCUCCUUUGAAAAUGGCGUCCGCAACCCUCUCCUUGUGCUCUUCUCUCGCACUCAAUUGCAGAAUCUCUUCACAAAAAUCUCAGAACCCAUUACUCUUCAAUCCCAAUCUCACCUUUCUCUCUCUUUCUUCCUACAAGCUUCCUCUGUCUUCCGCCAUUGCCUCUCAGCGCCCCACAUUCCCAUUCCUCUCCAAAUCCUCCGAGUCAGACACGGCCAUUGUCGAAGCCGCCGAGACCAAUGUCACACCGGUGCCUGAAGCCGCGCCGGAGCCUGCAGCCUCUCAAACUGUCGAAGCCACCUCGGAACCGGCGCCGAAGCGUGAGGAAGUGUUCGCCGUUGUUAUGAUCGGAUCGCGGCAAUACAUUGUAUUUCCAGGGCGGUAUUUAUCCACUCAGAGGCUUAAAGGUGCUAAUGUUAAUGAUAAGAUUGUUCUGAACAAAGUUUUGCUUGUGGGAACUAAAACAAGUACUUACAUUGGAAAGCCAGUGGUGACAAAUGCUGCUGUACAUGCCGUAGUUGAAGAUCAAGGAUUAGAUAGCAAAGUGGUUGUCUUCAAGUAUAAGAAGAAGAAAAACUACAGGAGAAAUAUUGGUCACAGACAGCCCAAUACCCGGAUAAGGAUUACAGGCAUCACAGGAUAUCAAGACUAUCCAGCUGUUACACUUGACUCGUAGAGAGUAAUGUUUUGUGUAUGCUGAAAAAUUUUCUGAAUAUGUUUUGUGAAGGCAAUUUUCAUUUCUCAUUCUGUAUGUAAGAGCAGUAUUUUGAUUGAUAAGUGUGGAAAUUAAUUUAGCAAAUAUCAUAAUUGUUAUUUUGUUAUAAAUCAUAUUCACUGUGUGAUGGCAAACUAGUUCUAUUUAUUCAUUUUGUAAUUUCAA